UAAAAAAUUAACUACCUUAGAUCAUGUAAAUAAUAACAAAAAAAUACUAAAACGUAAUUUUAAUAGAUUAGAAACUGUAAAUUAUGUUUAAAUUACUAAAAAAAAUUAUUAUAUUUCAUAACCCCCAUAAAUCAUCAAUAAUUGCUGUGAUUUUUAUCGAUUAUCUUAGUCGCACUAUCAUUUUUGCCAUUACAUUGUCGAUCUAUUUAAAAAUUAGUUGAGUAACAGAAUAGAUUUUCUCUGGGUUCUGUCGAUAAAAUAGAAAAUAUUAAAUUUCGAUUGAUCUAUUGAGUACUGCAUAACUGUUUGAUUCAAACCUAGUUGCGUUACUGUUCUCGACAUGGAUGACAGAUAAAUAUUGAAGUAUCGUGUGCAUUGUAUGUAAACAAAAAUAAAUUUUUACGGUUCUGUAUCGCUACAACAUUUAGUUAAUAUUAUGAUGCGCAUCGAACAAAAUUAAUUGCGCUCAUAGAUUUAUAUGGUAUUACUAUGACUCAUUUGAUAUAUCAGUAAAAUUUUUAAGAUAUUAAUAAUUUCGUAUAACUUAUAUACCUUUUUUAUAUAUUAGGUGGACCGGAAAAUAAUGUCGUUUCUGCACAUGUCAAUAUUUGAUUGUGAUUAAAAAUAAAAACUUAUUAAAAAUUUAUUCGUUUGAAUUUAAUUUAAGAAAGCGACAUUACUUCUCGGUCCCCCUAAUAUUUAUGGAGAUCAUAUCCCGCGAAAUAUAAAUUUAUAUAAAACCAUAUUCAUAUUAUCAUUGUAUAUUAGCAGUAAAUAGCAAUAGAAAUUUUAGCGUUAAAAAUAUCAUCGGAAGAUAUUUAUUUUCUGAAACAGAUCUGUUUAAGAACGAUCUCUGAAGAAACAACAAUAAAUAUAUCGGAUCCGCAAUUGAAGGAAGAUGAUAAUUUUGAAAAAUCUUGUUUGUUACUUUCUUUUUUGAUAUCUCUUAUAACGUGUUUAAAUGAGUCGAAGUGUAAUAAAUCAUAAUAUUAAUAUAAAUAUAAAACAACGUUAGUAAGUCAUUUUUUCAUAAAAAAAAAUUCAUUGAUAACAUGUCUGGAUAUUGUCUCUCUAACUAGUACUAUUUCGUUCAGUUUAAAUAUUUUCAAUUGAAAAUAUUGUCGUUUCAGAUAGAAACGUUAUAAACAUAUAAACAAUACGUUAUUAUAUGUAUUACGAUGCAUGACCUCAGUGUAUAUAUAUUGUGAGAAUAAUUAGAAUUUCGACAGUUACUUAGAAUGUUAUACAUUAUAUACGUAGAACAGAAAUUUCUAAAAGAUCAACAAAUUUUAUUGUGUAUUUUUGGUUAAUUCGAAAUAUUUUAUAUAAUUUCUCAAUAUGUAUAAUUUUGUUCUUAUUAGAACUUAUAGAAAAGAAGAUGAAUCAUUUUGCAAAAAGUUACUUAAAGCUGGUGUAAUGGAUCAGCUAAAUGCAACAUUUAUUGGAUAUUUAUUAAGAAAACCUCUGUUUAUAUCAAUAAAUAUAGUGAUUUUAUUAAUUUCAAUAGUAUCCUUAUUAAAAGGCUUUUCUGUUGUUUAUUGUCUUAUGUUUAUAUUUAUUUUACCAAUUUUUUUAUACACCUGCUUAUAUGUAACAUUUUUCAAUGAAGCUAAAGAUAUGGAAAAAGAAGUAUCUGCGAUUUCACGGAUUUAUAUGUCGGAUAAUUCUUCUCAUUUUUGGGUAGCGGAAUCAUAUGAAUUUUAUUUAUUGAAUCGUCAUCAGCGACAUGAGCAGCGUAUAUUCAUGACAGAAGAAGAAUUCAAUAAAUCUAAUAUUGACGUAUCUAGGCAUCUAAAAAAAGUAGUAGGUACUAUCGCAUUGUAUAAAAGCUAUAAAAUACCUAAUGGUGCUUGGAUAACAAGAUUAUGUGUUCAUAAAGACUAUAGAAGGAAACGUAUAGGAACUCAUCUUGUGAAUCGAGCUUUGCAAUUUGGCACUGAACAAGGAUUUAUUACUAUUAAUGUGGUUAUCUCAGAAUAUAGAUUUGCUGCUUUAAAAUUAUUUUAUAACAUAGGUUUCCAUAGAUAUUUGAUACGUGGCAGAUCAUAUAAUGCAUCAGUAAUAUAUCAUGAAUUAUCAUAUAGAACGAAGUAUUUUAAGCCUACUGAAUUAUUUGUAAAAAAUCCAUAUACGGUACAAAUUGUACCAAAGCGAAUCAUCCAUCACACUUAAAUAUUUAAAUCAGAUGUAGUAAUAGUAUUUUUAUAUUUAUUUUUUGUAUGUUA